AUUAUAUGACAAAGAUUGUGUGAUUACGGGUGUUUUAUUAUGAAGUUAUCAAUAUUUUUACUAAUAUUUUUUUCUAAAAGUGUAUAUUGUUUUAAUUUGGAUGUGGACUUUCCAAUUAUUUUUCAAGAGCCUGUCCCAACUAAAGAGAAAACUUAUUUUGGUUAUACAGUUGCUAUAUAUCCUGGAAAGCCCUAUGGUAAUGAAUGGAUUCGGAUAGGAGCACCAAAAGGAAAUGAUUCGCGGUAUAAAACUAUUGAGAAUCCAGGGGCAGUGCAUAGCUGUCAAAUAUUAAGCGGAUGUUCACUAAUUGUGUUUCCUCAUUCGGUUCAUAAGCCAAUUGAAAAUUGGAAAGGGGGAUUUAUUGGAGGAUCGAUGGAUGUCUCCUAUAAGUUCCAAAAAAAUGUGGUAUGUGGUUUCCGUCAGUACUAUAAUAAAGAUGGAGAUUAUCGAACAAUGGGUUCAUGUUAUUGGUCGUAUUUGAACUCAAGCGCAUUCGAAAAAAUCGAGGAACUUCUAGAUCAAGAUAAAGCAAUAGGUAAUAACUUCUAUUUAUAUGGUCAAGGAGAAGCAGGGUUUUCGGUACAUUUUCCUGAGAGAGAGAAUGAGUUAAUAUUAGGGGCGCCAGGUAUCUACAAUUGGGCUGGUACACCAUUUAGAGUUACUGAUUAUACCUACAACAUUCCAGAUUCCAGUCGACGUAAAAGAAUAAUAAAAAAGCGUGGUGGACAAAAUACUGAAAUUUUUAAAACGAUAGAAAUUCCAUUUGCUGGUCAAAAUAUGGCUUUUGGUUUAUUUGGAUAUAGCGUAACUUCGGGUUACUAUUAUGGUAGGGGAAAACUUUAUUACGCAUCUAGCAGUCCAAGAGGAAAUGAUUACAGAGGAAAAGUUGUUGUAUUCCAAUUCAAGGAAGAUAACAAAAUAAUUAAUACUAAAGAAUCCAAAGUUGGGCAACAAUUUGGAGAAUACUUUGGAGCGUGCCUUGCUAGUGGAGAUUUGAAUAACGACAAUUUUGAUGAUCUUAUGGUAGGGGCACCUUAUUAUAAAGGCAGUUCAUACAACGAAGGUAGAGUUUACGUUUUCCUGGGAGCACAAAAGAAUCUGCGGCAACCAAUAAUUUUAAAUGGAGAAUAUGUCAAUGGUCAAUUUGGUACAGCUAUUAUGUUUCUAGGAGACUUAAACAUGGAUGGAUAUGGAGAGGUAGCUAUUGGUUCCCCUUAUGAAGAUGGAGCCACUGGAAAUGUUUAUAUUUAUAAAGGAUCUGUCGAUGGUCUAGAAACUAAACUCUACCAAAAAAUUAGAGGCAGAGAUAUUUACAAGGAUCUUUUAGGUUUCGGUAUCACAAUUUCUAGGGCUGUGGACAUGGAUGGAAAUAAAUUUAGAGAUUUCGCAAUCGGAUCACAUGUGUCAGGACAUGCUGUUUUAAUACGAAGUAAACCAAUUAUAGCUAUUAAAUAUACUUUUACCACCACUCCAAACAUGUUGCAUGAAUCUACCAGAAUUUUCUACAUGAGCAUUUGUUUUUCAUAUUCGCUGUACGAAGGAGAUUUUGUAGGUAUCAACUACACAAUUACUGUCGAUGAAAGAUUAGGAAGAGCAUCGAUUGGACCCGAUAAAACUAUAUCUGAUAAUCUUAUUAUAGAAAGUAUAAACAGCGAAGAAUGUAAAAAUAUCUCUACAACAAUUGCGAACUCUACAACUUUAGAUAUCAAAACGCCAAUACAAGUAUUCAUAAGAUAUGUUUUGGACUCUCCUCCAAUAAAAAAAACUGUUGUGCUUGCACCUUCAACGGAAGAGGAUGGUUUUUGUGUAACAUGUCCCAUAUUAGAUGAAUCAAAAUCUAACUCAACAUCUUUCGAAACAGAAAUACCUUUCAUACUAGACUGUGGCUCAGAUAACGAAUGUAUUUCAGAGCUUAAAGUUCAUAUUGAAUUUCCCGAAUUAAGAAACAACACGCUAGUCAUAGGCUCAAAGCAAUAUUUGAAAAUGAAAACGAUUGUUGAAAAUUUAGGAGAAAAUGCAUAUUCUACAAAAUUGGGCAUUGUUUUGCCGAACUUCUUAUAUUUUAGAGAAACUCCUCCAAGAUGUAUAUCAGUGAAUGCAUCUGCAAUUCGUUGCGACGUUGCGAAUCCAUUAAGAAAGAAUACAGGUAAAUCUGUUGAUUUUGUUUUGGAUAUUACAAAUCUGGAUCAGGAGUUAUAUUUAGAUCGUAUAAGUGUUCAUUUUGAAGUUUUAACUACAAGUAUCAACAAGAAUAAUAACUCGAUGAAGUACUUUCUGGCGUUGACCUCAGAAGCAGACGUAACUAUAUACGGGAAAAUUGAACAAGAAACAAAUUACUAUGGUAGUAGUUCACUUAUGGCAUCCCUAUUGACUCACACAUAUAAGAUUGAAAAGUUUGGAGUUAGUCCCUUAAACAGCAUCAAAGUUAAAGUUCAAGUUCCAUAUAAGUAUCAAACAAAAGAGAAGAAAAUUCAAUUCCUCACUAUUUCUCCAAUACAAGCCUUUUUUGCAGGACAACCAUUGUCUUGUAAUAUUUCCGAAGAGAAAGAAGCUCUAGAUGAAUUAGGUUUACUGAAACGGAGAAGAAGACAGGUAGAAAUUUUCAAGAGCAUUACAGAAAGCAAUAAAAAAGAAGAUAUCAAAAUAAACGAAAAGGAAAUCACGAUAACAACAAAUAAAACAUUAUAUUUAAAUUGUACUACGGAUGAAGUAACCUGUUUUGAUAUUGUUUGUACCUUUGGCCCAUACACAAGAAAAAAUAAUCCAGCUUCAAUUAGUUUUUACAUGAAUGUUAAUAUCACACACUUAAUAGAUAUGGCGAAACAUAAAGAUGCUGUACUUAUUUCCACAAAUGGUGAAGUUAUAAUAGACUCUCCUGAAAUAUUCAUUCAAAAUGGCAACAGAUCAGAUACAACUAUCCUAUCAAGCAUCCUUAUAAAUGAUGACACUAAAGAAAUUAAAGUGGCUUUAUGGGUUAUCAUUAUUUCUGUUAUAAUUGGAUUAAUACUGUUAAUGAUACUGAUUUUAGUCUUAAUUAAGGCGGGAUUUUUCAAGCGAUCCAAAAAAGAAGAAUUAGAAAAUUUAAAAGCAGCGGCCAAUCAAGAAGCUAAAAUAUUGGAAAUAAUAGAUUACAGUAAUUCUCCAGAUGAUGAAUUGGAUCCAACUCAAGACCAAAACGUCACUUAUGAAGAAAGUGGUCAACCAAUUUUUCAUGGGCAGACAACCUCAUCACAGGAACAACUUGUAGAUAAUUAAGAAAUAUUUGAGUUUAUUGAAUUAUUAGUUUGCUAUAUACUUCUGAAAUCUCAAAACGAAUAUUAGUUCAUUGAUAUAUAGUGACUAAAUUUUUCCAGUAUUUUUUGUCUUGAAAUUUAUUGUUUUUACAAUUGUUAGAAUUGCAAUUAAAAAUUAUUUCAAUGUACAAA